ACACACAUGCCACCGAAGAAAAACCAUGUGGCUUCUACUCGGAGAGUGAGUAGUCGCUGCGACAUAGUCGGAGGAUGCCUUCGCUCAGAGCUCCUCGCUACAAUCUUUGACCUCGAGGAUUUCAGAUAUUCGGUAAAAGUAAUUCGUCGGCAAAAUCUUACGUCGACAAGGAUUCGGCUCGGCUCGUCGACGUCGGUUUCGUUACUCGUUGUCCCCCUCAGCGAAAAUAUGGUUUUCGUUAAAAGUGACCAGUGGUCAUCGGCCGGAGAAUCCCGACUCUAAAGACAGCGUGCGAAAAGAGCGAUAAAUCAAAAUGCGGAUUCCUUUUUCUCCCGUGCUAUUCAUUACCCAAGAGAAUACCGCAUGCGAUAUCUCCGAGUGUUCGUAAACAUGUGUGAUCGAAAUUGAAGUGGUGGAUUUUUGUGAAGUACGUUGAAUAAUAAUAACGAAGAAGAGAAGUAACGGUCGCCUCUGUUCGUAUUCUCCAAAUAUCGUGCGCGCGGUCUUCCCAGGGAUAUCCUUCAAUCGUCAUUAGUCCGAAUCGGAAUCUUCGAGAUGAUGACACUGAUGACAGACGUGGGUCAGUACCCGUACGACGCAGCGACAAGGUCUUCCUACGAAAGUUAUCACCACCAUCACCACCAUAGACAUCAUCGUCACUUUUACGCAACCGCGACCUCCGACACCGAUCAGUACUUACAGAGAUACACGAACACGGAUCGAGACGAUAAUCCGAGAGCGACGAGCGCCGAUGGGAGUUUGGCUUCCGCCGAAAGUGCGGGAUCUGGACGCUGCUAUCAUCGCGAUCCUCUACGAUCGCAGUCGCGAUACAUCCCAGAUUCGGACGACGCAUCGUCGGUAAUAUCGGCGGACGCAUCGGCGGAUCUGGAAUCGCCUUCCGGGGAGGGCGACUUGGACGGUGGUGAGAAUGAAACGGUCGAGCACGUACCCCAUCCCCACGCAUUGGACUCCGGUAGUCCGCACGGACCGAGAAGAUGUCUUUUGUGGGCGUGCAAAGCCUGCAAGAAAAAAACUGUAACCGUAGACCGAAGGAAAGCCGCAACUCUGCGGGAGAGAAGACGUCUACGAAAGGUGAACGAAGCUUUUGAAGCGCUUAAACGGAGGACGAGUAAUAACCCUAAUCAACGUCUACCCAAAGUGGAGAUACUGAGAAAUGCCAUCGAGUACAUCGAGAGUCUCGAAGCCCUUCUUCAAGGCAGCAUGACUCCCGGGCCUCAGGAUCAUCCCUCCGCAGAGACCAUGAACGGAGAAUCUCCCCAAUACGUUACCGACAGGUUGCACCAGUUCUCCGAUCCCUUAGCGAGGUUUCAACCAAUCAACGGUUACGAGCAAUCGGAAAAUGCGGUACCUCAGAAUGCUGGAAGCAGUCUAGACUGCUUGAGUUUGAUCGUUCAGAGUAUCAGCGGUGCGCCAAAAUCACCGAUGGAAAAUCAUCACCCGGUUCACAAUUAGAAAUUUGUUCUUCGCACGAUUGGUGUAAGAAGAAACGAAGAAAAAGAAGAAAUUAUUUAAUUCAAUUGACAAAAAAAGGAAGAUCAGGGGGUGAAAGAUCUGCACCCGGUCGCAGAGCAACAACGGCGGAAAGCCUGGCCUGUGUUUUGAAUCCGGUCGAUUAGGUUUUAAACCUUAUAGCAUACUCGAAAGAAUCGGGGGAGGGGGAUAAGCCAAUUCCUAAUUACAGCAAUUGUAAAAACGUGUCCGACUCAUUGAGUAAUCCAAUCUAAUGCUGAAAGUACUGUAGAGUUCGCAUUAAGAGUGAUUAAUUGAGUUCGUAAUUUAAUUCGAGCUUUCGAAGUAGUUCUACGGUGAAAUGCAGGUAGUCGUAUAUUUAUGUGUAUGUAAGUAGUCUGUCUAACUUUCAAGAUGCGUUUUUCACCAUUAUAAGUAUAGGUAUAUAGCCUCAUCCUCGCCGCGGUGCACCCCGUUACUUUCCUCUAGGUAAUUACAGUUAGAUUAUAAGGGGAAAAAUAUAAAAUAAAAAAAACGAAAAAGAAAGAAGGGAAAAUGAGAAAAUAAUAAAAAUAAGUAGACGCUAAAGAUAAAAGAAAAGAGAACGAAUACUCGCUGUAUUAACGAGUUUAAUUAAAGCGGAGUUAAUUAAGCUAUCUCCACACACGUACAGUUCAAGAAUAAUCAGAGCGUAUCUUGAUACCAGGAUCAGCAUAUCUACUACAGAUACCGUGUACAUACACGUGAAACGUUGCAGAAUGUUAUAAACCAUAUCGAAGAGGAUCGAACAAUAUUUUGGAUCGAUAUAUAUAUUUGUUAAUAAAAGUUUUUAGCUCUUCGGUAAACUCAUCGGUAAACAUAAAUUAUUAUCGGAGCUAAAAUCAAUGAAAAAUUUAAUUUUCUUGAAAGAAAAAUUGUAUACUGACAAUGAGCUAUACGAAUAUUGGAUGAAUAAUUUUUACGAUCCUGAUAAUGAGCCUUGUGAUGAGGAAUUGAAGUGCCUGAAAACACGUCCCAAUGUAGAAUGAUGAUUUAUUCGGAACGAAAAAAAAAAGAAAAACUGUGCCUUACAAUAACUACGUACUUUUUAUGUACUAACAAGCAACUAAUAAUGCAAUGUAUGAUAUUUAAGAACAGUAAUUUUAUUUUUCAAAUAAAAAAAGCAACCAAAGAUAAAAAAAAAACCUUGUAUUAUAAAUACCAUUAAAUAACAUUUUGCUCAAGCAUAAUGUAAUGAAAAAAAAAAGAAAAGAAAAAAGAAGCGCAUGUAAAUAUAUCUACAUAAAAAUGAACGAAUAAUAUACACAGUCAAUGAGUACACGCUAUAUACAUCAUAGUUUAUUACAAAAUAAUAAAAACAUUAAUAAUCUGCGAA